UCCCUUGACUUGUUUCAAGAUGAGCUACGCUGCUUUACCUUGGUCGCCUCCAAAUUGGCAGAAAGAGCUGAACAACAGCCAUUUUCUUGACAACAAAAUCCCUCAAACCACUUUAGGCGCACCCAGAAGUGCUUUGAACAUCCAGUGCGUCAAUAGUUGUCGUCUCCUACAGCAGAUAGGCGGCUGAGGGUGGAGUGUGGGAACGGACCGAAGGCGGAAGGGGGUGGCAGUCAGACGGCGGGUGGGGGUGCGAGGCGUGCGUCCAUCCGAGAGCUUCUCUUUCUUUUUGUGUGUGUUUCUUUUGUUUUUGCUCUUGUCUUUUCUGCCAGCCCUGCGUUUGGCAGAAGGCUCCCGGCUUGGACCGCAUGCAUGACACAACGCAAAGGCGAGAAACCCACCAUCAGCAUCCAGGAGCACAUGGCCAUUGACGUGUGCCCCGGACCCAUCCAGCCCAUCAAGCAGAUCUCCGACUACUUCCCCCGCUACCCUCGGGGCCUGCCGCCCGUCGGGGCCCCGCGCGCCACCCUCUGCGCCGCCCCGGCCGCCGCCUCCGCCUCCGCCUCGGAAAGUGAGGACAGCCCGGACCGGGCGUUCGCCGGAGCCUCGGCUUCCAGGAGAGACGACGAGCCUGACGUGGAGGCGUAUGACUCGGACGACUCCACCACGCUGGGAACGCUGGACUUCAGCUUGCUGUACGACCAGGAGAACAAUGCUCUGCACUGCACCAUUAACAAAGCCAAGGGGCUCAAGCCAAUGGAUCACAACGGGCUCUCGGACCCUUACGUCAAGCUGCACCUUUUACCGGGUGCCAGUAAGGCCAAUAAACUUCGAACCAAGACUCUGCACAACACGCUCAACCCCGUCUGGAGCGAGACGCUGACCUACUACGGCAUCACCGAUGAAGAUAUGGUCCGAAAAACACUCAGGAUUUCGGUGUGCGACGAGGACAAAUUCCGCCACAACGAGUUCAUCGGCGAGACGCGGAUCCCCCUCAAGAAGCUGAAGCCCAACCAGAGCAAGAUCAACAACUGUCUGGAAAAGCAACUACCUGUGAACAAGACGGAGGAAAAGUCGCUGAGGAGCGGGGGGCGCAUCAUGAUCUCCCUCAAAUACAACACCCUCAAGUCCUGCCUGGUGGUGGGCAUCAUACGCUGCGCCCACCUGGCCGCCAUGGAUGCCAGAUUCUCCGACCCCUACGUGAAAACGUACUCUCUCUACAGGUGA